AUGAUGAACAUAGAACUCGCCACAGAAGCUGAAGGUGAAGCUGUCCAAUCACGCUUUUUAGAAUUUCUUGAAACAUUCAGACUAAAUGACCGUGAAGUUUACUUCUACAAAGGCCAAGAUCUUGUAGUUAACGAAAAAACCACGCUUUUUGUUGACCUUUCUCAUUUAUCCUAUAUUUACUAAUUAUAAAUAUUAUUCUCCUUACUCCCCCCCCCCCCCCCUCCGUGAGCGAACAAAAAAAUUUUGUUCGCUCACGGAGGGGGGUUAAUUUUUUUUAAAAAAAAUUUAUAUAUAAAUUUUAUAAAAAAAAUAUUUUUUUCGAAAUUUAAAAAAAUCCUAAUUUGCAAAAAUUGGGAAGCAAAUAUUAAUUUAAUUUGCAAAAUUUAUGUUUUAAAACGCAAUUUGUUUAAAAUUAAACACAGAAUUAGCUCUAGAUUUCAUUAUACUAAUUAUCACUUAUAUAUCAAAAUUUUUUCCAUUAAAAUUUUUUCUAUUAAAAAAAUUUUUGUUCACUCACGGAGGGUGGGUUUUUGGUCAAAAAAUGGCGAUUUUUCUAAUGGUUUUGUUCGCUCACGGAGGGGGGGGGGGGGAGUUAGCCAUGUUUCUUCUCUUUAAUUUAAUUCAGCAUAACUCUUUUCGAUGACCUGCUAACAGCUCUUUUAUCAGACUAUUACAAAUUUGAGCCUUUCCUUGAAAAAGCAGUCCAACGCUUUAUGUUUAAAUGCUUCCCAGAAUACGCCAAAGACAACGAAAUCCAUGUAGGCUUCUUUAAUAAUUCACAUGAUGACAAAAUCCGCUCAUUGAAAACACAAAGAAUAGGAAAACUUGUAUCAAUAAGUGCUACAGUCACAAAAAGUACUGAAGUUCGCCCAGAACUGAGGUAUGGGAGCUUUAAAUGUUUAGCUUGCAACUAUGAAGUGAAAUGGUUCUAUAAUUUUUGCUCAGGGACAUUUUCUUGGCACUGUUAAGCUGAAUUUUCCAUUAUAUAUUUGGCAAAAAAUAUUAUUUUUGCAAGAAAAAAAAUCAAUUUGCCCCAGAAUGCUGCCAGAGGAAAUUUUCAGCCAAAAAAGAUAGGGACGUGAAAGAUGUGGUGCAGCAAUUUAAGUACACAACACCUCAAAUAUGUCCAAACGGCCAUUGCGGUAAUAAAUCACGAUGGGAGCUUAUUUUAGAAAGUUCAAAAUUCUGUGACUGGCAAAAAGUCAGAGUCCAAGAACACUCUAACGAAAUCCCAGCAGGCAGCAUGCCAAGGUCAAUUGAUAUCAUUCUGAGACAUGAACUUGUAGACACCGCUAAGCCAGGAGAAAGGCUCAUCUUCACAGGCACUUUAAUCGCAGUUCCAGAGGUCGCAUCAUUUUUAACCCCAGGAGAAAGACAACAAAUGUCAAUGAAACACGACGGUCAACGAGGAAGAGACCGGACUCUUGACGCAGUUACCGGACUAAAAGCUUUAGGUGUUAGAGAGCUGAAUUAUAAACUUGUAUUUAUUGCGUCUGCUGUCACUAAGCACCCUGCUUUUAAUUUCAGAGAAGACGACGAAGUAACAGAGCUCACUGCAGCUGACCAAGAAGCCAUUGAAAGAAUGAGGGCUGAACCUGAUUUAUAUUCAAGGAUAGCAAGAUGCAUUUCGCCUACUGUAUUUGACUAUAGAAUGAAUAAAAUGGCAUUCGGCUAGAGAAAUUAGCUCUGCUGGUUUUCUCCCCUAAUUUAAUUUUAUUUAAGGGCUGAACUUCUAGUUGUAUAAGACUUAGCAGAUUCUGUGGUCAAUAUUAGCUCUCGUCAUUCAAGACCUCACAUUUCUGUUUCGAAUCCCACAUCUUGAGGGCAAUUAGCUCUUCCUUAUCAGCUUCCUCAAACUUCCUUCCUGCUUUUCAUCUACAAAUCAUUAUCUUCAAGGAUUUUCUAACAUCAUCUCAGAAUCCUUAUCCCAAAAUAAACUAUCAUCAUACAAGCUCUCUUCAUGUUAAGAUUCCUCGCCAUUGCUGAAUCCUGGACCAUAAGCCAAGGCUGCCUUGUGACUGAAUUUUCCUUCAGGAAAUUAAGCUCCAUUAAAAAAAUGUUUAACACCUUAAAUUCUUAAUUAAUCGUAAUCAUAUUUGGCCAUGAAGAAGUAAAAAGAGGAAUUUUACUAAUGCUACUAGGAGGCUCAAAUAAGAAGACCCCAGAAGGCAUGAAGCUCAGAGGAGACCUCAACAUUUGUAUCGUCGGCGACCCCUCAACCGCAAAAUCUCAAUUUUUGAAGUACGUCUGCAAUUUCUUGCCAAGAUCUGUAUAUACCUCAGGUAAAGCCUCAUCUGCCGCUGGUCUUACAGCAGCAGUUCAAAGAGAUCUAGAAACCGGCGAUUUUUGUAUAGAAGCUGGAGCUUUAAUGCUUGCAGACAAUGGGAUUUGUUGUAUUGACGAAUUUGAUAAGAUGGACUCCAAAGACCAAGUAGCUAUUCAUGAAGCCAUGGAACAACAGACCAUUUCUAUCGCCAAAGCAGGAAUCCAGGCUAUUCUUAAUGCUAGAUGUUCUGUCCUAGCUGCUGCUAACCCUAAAUAUGGAAGAUACGAUAAAUCAUUAGAGCUCCGCAGAAACGUCGACAUUUCGCCACCUCUGAUGUCCAGAUUUGACCUGUUUUUUGUAAUCGUUGACGAAGGUGAUGAACGCGUAGACAAUGCCAUUGCAAACCAUAUAGUAAAUUUGCAUACCAAUGGAGACAGAGCGCUAGAAGGAGAAUUUUCAAUGGACAUGAUGAAAAAGUACAUCCUUGGAGCCAGACGUAUAAACCCUGCAUUUACGACUGAGGCUGCUAAGCUUCUCAGAGAGCAGUACAAGCUGCUUCGGCAGUCAGACUCAAUGCACCAGAAUAAUGCAUAUAGAAUCACUGUCAGACAGCUUGAGUCCUUAAUCAGACUUUCUGAAGCAAUCUCUAGGCUUAAUUAUGACCAACAAAUAAGGCCUGAAUAUGUAUUAGAAGCUUGCAGACUGCUGAAAAAGUCUAUUAUUCAUGUAGAAACCAGCGACGUAGAUGUAGAAGAACAGUUUGAUGAGAGUGCUAUGAAUGUGUAUAGACAAGAACAAGCUGAAAUUGAUAGAGAAAAAAGACUGGCUGAACAGCAGGCUGGGCCUAAGAAAACCAGUAUUUCUUUUGAAGAGUAUGACAGAAUGGCCAAAUGGAUAGCAAUGCUGUUAAGACAGCAAGAAGGAGAAGCCGGCGUAAAGCAAGGCGAGAUUGUGCAGAAAUACGUAGAAGAGCACAUGCAUGAAGUCACCACAGAAGAAGAUUCGGUGAGACUGAUGGAAAUUGUCAAUGGAGUCAUACAAAGGCUGGUAAUGAAAGACCACAUCUUGGUAAUCGUCGAAGAUAACCCAGAAAAAUCUGAGCGCACCCUUAAAGUGCAUUGGAACUACGUCCCUUAA